GCAUAAUCCAUAUCAAGGAAGUAAAUUACUAAUCUCGUGAAGUCUCGUUUAAAUCUUGCAUUCCAAUGUCUGUCGUAUGAACUUUGUCCAUUACACAGAUGGCAUUUUCCAAAUCCCAAAUACCAUUCACAGCCCAGCACUAUUUGGUGUGUGGUACUGAAGACUGCGAGAAGAACUGCCAGUUUUACUGCAAUGAUUGUCACCAACAAAUGUGUGAACAAUGCAGAGAUGAACAUCAAAAAAGUCCGGAUACCAAGAACCAUGAAGUGGUCUCUUACCAACAACGCAAAAGACAACUUCCUGAAGUUAAAUGCCAAAUCCAUGUAAACAAAGAUGUAGACAUGCUUUGUGAGCAAUGUGAAGUUCCAGUUUGUUCCAAAUGUGCAAUCAAAGACCAUGUUGGACACACAUUUAUAGAUUUAGAAACAGUGUAUGCAGAAAAAUGUGGAGUUUGUCUGAAUGAAAUUAAUAAAAUUGAAGAGUAUUUCCUCCCAACUUCACAGGAUUUGCUUAAAUCCACAAAAGAAGAUUCUAUUGAAAUAAAGAAGAUCAUGGACAGCAUAAGAGCAUCUAUGAUGGCCGAAGCUGAGUCUCUAAAAAGAAUGGUGGAUACCUUGACAUCAAAUAAUAUAAAACAAGUCAAUGAACAAGAAAAGUCUCUCCUUCAACUGUUAAAUUCCCAAGACAAAAAGUAUAAUGAUUAUAUUUCCUAUCUUAACGAACUUGUCAAAAAGUUCCAUGGCUACCUUUCUUCUAAAAAUCUUCAAAUCCUGAUGGAUGAAAUUACAAAGAAUCUCAAAAUAGACCCCAUACCAGAGACCACCAAACCAGUCCCUCCAGUAUUUAAUGCUGGUCAAUACAGCAAGGAGGAUGUUACCAAACUAUUGGGUAGAGUAACUGCUCCUGACACUAAACCAGAGAACAGAAAAAUAAAACCCAUGGAGACUGCUGUCUCGACACAGUUGAAAUCUACAGAGAAACAUAAUAAACAAGACAGAGAGAAAUCUGCCAUGAAACCAACACUGUUUCUGUCUUCCUCUGUCACCAAGGUCAGGGAGUACACAGUACCAGGUGUUAACAGUUUAUAUCAUUUAUCACUGGGUAAAGCAGACAGACUCUGGGCCAGUGAUCAUAGUGGUAACCUUGUCCAAACAGAUCUACAGGGGAAUCAGCUACAGAAGAUACAAACCAGUGGUGAAUUUCAAGGCUACCACACUGUCACACAGGACGGGGAUCUGAUCUAUACAGACAGAAAGAACAAAGUCAUCAAUAGGAUAACAAUGGAUAAAACAAUCACUGAAUUUAUUAAAACAGUAGACUGGGAACCACUCAGCAUACACUCCUCUCACAUCAAUGGGGACAUACUGGUGGGGAUGAUAAAGAAUGGAGAGGCUAAAGUCACCAGGUACAACAAGGCAGGAGAAGAAAUACAGAACAUACAGAGGGACAACAAAGGACAGAAACUGUAUAGUAAUCCACGCUACAUCACAGAAAACAUCAAUGGUGAUAUCUGUACAUCAGACUUAAGCAAAAAAGUUGUAGUGGUAGUGAAUAAAUCAGGACAACACAGGUUCUCCUACACAGGUCAGGGGUCAAAGAUUAUUCCCUUUGGUAUCUGUACUGAUAUCAUUGGUCACAUCCUGGUGUGUGAUGGUAACAAUAAUAAAGUUGACAUCCUGGAUCAGGACGGUCAGUUCUUGUCGCAGCAAGGGGGGAUUUUUUUUUAUCCCCGUGGUCUGUGUGUGGAUGACAAAAACAAUCUCCAUGUGUUGAAUUGUCAAUUCAACACAGUGAUGGUGUUCAAGUAUCUAAUCUAAAGUGAUCAUUACAUCGGGUCUGAUAAUAUGCAAUAAUAAAAAGAUAUACUUAGAAUAAUUAAUUAACUAGAUUUUGUGGGAAUUUUAAUUUAAUGGUUGUACCUGUAUACUGUAUCAUGACAUGUGGUGAUAACAAACAGUGUUCAAAAUCAAAAGUCCAAAGGAAAAUUACAAAACAGGAGCAGAGCGAACACAGCUCUUAAAAAUUAGAGGUACAUGUAGGAUCAGGUGCAAUGGAGGAGUGAGCAUAUCCUCUGCUGACCGGUCACACCCGCCGUGUGCUCUUUGUCGUAAUCGGGGAAAACGGAACACACGGUACACAGUUAGGUGAUUAAUUAUGGUCUAACAAUUAGUAUGAAAAACAUCAGUCAGCAUGCGACACAGUGGAAGAUUGUAUUUGCUGACAAAGUCGUUGUAUCGACCAUAGAACUUACCAAAAGAUGACUUCAAACGAGACUGUUGAUAGUCCUGUUUUAUUAACUUGUUUGUCAGUAGCUUGCCUCGCCUUAGAAACUGUUCAUACGAAGAACAUGCCCUUGCGUAUCGAAUAAAUUGAGAGACAAAAACACCAUACGCAGGUGAUGUAGGUGUAUUGCUACAUAAGUAAGGAAAGUUGACUAAAGAAAAUUGAAAUCAUCACGUUUAUCAUUAAGUUUUGUUGUUACCAUCAAUGUCCAUUUCCAGUAAAAUAUCCAAAUAUAAAACAGAUGACGCAGACUUUGUGGUAUCGUUUAUUUCAAGUUCACUGGGGUAUAUAUCGAGUCAACGUAGGUAUGAAAGUAAAAUAUGUUAAUCAAUAAUAUGUCGUCGAUAUUCCUGAAUGUUGAGUUGAAGCAUGUAAAUGUUUAAUGAUUUUUAAAAAUGUUUUGUUAAAGUGUUUGUUUCAAGAGAUUUGGUUGAAUAUCAUCAUAGCUCAGUGGUGAAAGUAUCCAGGGCUUCACGGUGAACCGCAAAUCAAGAGUUCGUAUCCGCCUCGGGCUUUUGUUCCUAUUUAUUAAAAUGAAUUUUUGAAAUUAUAUAUAUUUUUUUUAAUCCAAAACUGCUCCUUUUCGCCCAUAUGACUAUUUUACGUCUGAAACAUCAUGUCGUGUAUCAUAAUCAAGUAAUUUUCUGCUGAUUUGAGACACCUUAAUUAAAAUAAAAUAUUCUUGCUUGAUGUGCAUACUGCAAAAAUCUUGUGUUUAGAGACAAAUAUUUACCUUGACCAGUGUCUUUGCCUGUGAUAACACUACGUAUCGAUUUUGUACUAUAAAUACUAAUAACUUCAAAUGACGUAUAAUUGGGGCACCAGCGGGGUUUGCUUUGUCUUCGCUAGCCAAGGGUUUUCGGUCCACUUUGCUCCCCAUAAGGUGAUUUGCUCCCCAUUUGUGGGCAGCAAAGUGGACCGAAAACCCUUGGCUAGCGAAGAUGGGUUUGCUUAUUUAUAUUUAAAUAUUUAAUCUUACAAUGGCUUAAUAUUAUAUAAAUAUAAGUAAUAAGGAAUCAUUCUAAUUUGAAUAUUAUGAGAUGAUAUAUCAUAAAGCCCUUCAGGCUUUUUUAGAUUUGAUCACGCCCUACCAAAAUUAUCACCUCAUAAUACUCAAAGAAUGAUUCCUUAUAUAGUUAUAGCCUUAGUUAUAGUUCUAAAAAAAUUUGAAAUUUUUUUCACCUUUAAUUUUUUAAAUUGCGACAUUAUUUUUAUUAACAUACCGGAUGUAUCAUUUGUAAAAUCUUGUACAUAUGCAUAAAACAAUGUAUGUUUUUUACUUAGAAUAGAAUUUUUGUUCUCCGUAAUUGUGUUUUUUAAUAAAUCAUGUAACAUAG